CGAUUGCCAAUGUUGAAAACUCCACAGCUGUGACUUCAGUUCCUGCUGUUACAGAUAAUUGUGUUACAAUCGAAAUGCCAUGCGAUGGCAAAACACUGCAAAUAAAACUGCCAGCGCAGGAAACCAUGCCUAAUGAAACAUGUGACAGUUCUCUUCAAGAACACGAAAAAAAUAACAAAUUGGUCCAGAUCAAAUUCAACAGCGAUGCCCUGAUUAACAUAUUUCAGUCACAGCUGCAAGAAUCACAGGAAAACAAUUUGCGUAUCGAACUCGAAUUUUUGUCUAGCAAAUUGCCGGUAUCCUCAUCAACCACAUUAAAACAAACCGUAAAAUUUGGCAAAGAACGUCCCAACGGUUCUGUCCAAUUUAUCGAAGCUGAGGUUUCUGUAAACAGAAGUAUAAGUCAGCUUAAACAUGAUAUGGUAGCCUUAUACAACAUACCAGCAGAGCACCAGUCGUGGCUUCUAAAGAACAAGUUAAUGGAUGAUGAGAAGUUUUUGAGAGAUUAUCAGAUCUCUGAAAAGGACGUGAUUUUAAUGAAGGAUGGAAGGCCUGCAUUACAUGUGUAAUAUA